AUGGCGGAACCCUACCUAUCGAACAAGAAAAUUUACGAGCUGCUGUCAACAAACAGCUACAGAGGACAGGAGAAGAGAAUCUUAAGAGCCUUCGAGAGGAGGUACUGCAAGCUGCUGACCUACCUGGGCACCGACAACAAGCAACAAGAAAUUAUUUCCAUUAAGCUACAACAAUUUAUUAAUGAAAAUUUGAGCUUCAGUGAUUCCAAGUCAUACUUCUUUGGUUUCUCCAAGGAGCUUCUGGUGCACUGCAUGCGGGUGUACUUUUACGAGGAACUCUGUUCUGGCGCCAACUGCGGGGGGGUUCAUCCGGACGACGUGGAGGAUUACAGCAGUGAUGGAGGGGAUGGCACCGGAGGCCUGGCCUCUUCUGCGGCGGCUGCAGAUGAGAGGCUGUUCAAGCACUUGGAGAAAAAUGUGGACCACAUCGAAAUGACCAAACUACAUGACGUAUAUUGUGAUGAAUAUUUUUACCUGUUCAAGAAUGUGAUGUGUGUGUUGAAGGCGUGCGCCGUGUUUUAUGCCUACCCGAAUUACAAAGCAGAGGAUCUGGCAUUCGAGAGGAACUUUUUCUACGUACUGUUUGAGCUGGUGGAAGUAAAACUGAACAUCCAACAGCUCCUGCAAAUAUACUUCGACACAUACAAAGACACAAACAAUUAUUUUGAAAUGAUUAACAAGACAGAUGUAGAGAAUAGGACAUGGGUGUACAAGUACAUUAUCCUCUUCCUGAACGUUCAGAUUUGUUGCAUUAAUAUUUUUUUUUACAUGCAGAUUAGGCAAAACGUUUUUUCAAAAUAUAAUUUAAAGUCCAUGGUGAGCAUAUUUUUGUCUUCGUCUCAUGUGGACAGCCAUACUGUAUUAAGCGCAUCGGACUGGGGAGGAAUAACAGAAAGAGACCACAGCGACAUCGUUACCAGCACUCUCCUGCAGAAAGAAUACUCCGUAAUUUUUCUCAUGGCCUCAGUGAGUAAUCUUCUAACAUGGGAAGAGCACAACAAACUUAUAAAAGGUGUCUCCCCUCAGUCAGCCAUUUUAAUGAAAUUUUUUUUUCUCUUUAAAGAUGAAAAGAAUUUUAAAAACUACGAAGAGAAUAUUCGUAUCGUAGCCCAGUGUCUACCUCACCUGUACGAAAUUAUAAACAAGUUUUACCUCAUGAGUGACAAUUUUGUGUACAAGAGGAUUAUCCUGCGUGUGCUUAACAAUGCUCUUUGCACCGAGAAAGACAGGGAAGUGGACGUCGUCCUCCCCUUCGAUGAUGACACAGACAUGGGCCGGAACAACAAUAACAGUUGUUCAGAUAAUACGGACGAGAUGGGAGGAGGGGCCGGUGCCCACCUGUUCAGUCGAGAUCACAAAUGGGGCAAAUCACAUCCAAGUGACCAGUCGUCAAAAUGUUAUGGCGGAAGGAGGGGAAAGAAGUCUCAAGUGGGGAGGGAUGAUUUCUCAUCUGCUUCCAAUUGCAUGACCGAGGAGGAAGAGGAAGAAAAAGAGGAGAAAGGAGAGGAAGAUGGUAAAGGGAAAAUGCGCCACGUAACCUUUACCCCCAUGUCUGAAAGAGACAUAAAUUUCUCCCUCAUAAAAAACAUGAAGAAACAUAUCGAGAAGAAAGAAUUUUUUAAAAAAACAAUAAACUUAAAAUUAUUUUUGAAAAUCUGCAUAUGUCUCUGUAGCAAGGAAGACUACAUCUUGUUCAGCCAAGAUAUAUUAAAAGAAGGAAGGAAUAUUCACCUGUGCAUACAGUACCUACAGGAGGACGACUCUCAGAUUGAGUUGGAUCUGUACGCCGAAAAGUAUUUCCUUUACGACUUCAAUUACAAUAACACAGAAAUUGUGACCACUCAGGAGGAGAGGAAAAAAAGGGUGUCUUCCUACCUCUCCAUAGAAAGCAAAAAUAUUUUGGUAGAAAUUUCGAGUCUUUUUUUUUCAUACGAUUAUUUGAAGUGGUAUAGCAGAUCGGCCAGGGAAAGCCUACCACAGGAGGACCUCCCGAUUGACACCACCCAUGGGGACAAGUCCUUGUACCACCCCGUCAUUUUGCACAAUGUCAACCGUCUCUUGUUAGAAAUGUUUUACGGUAAAAUUAGCGACUCUUCCGUGGAGCACCUGAUCAUGUUCAAUCACAAUUUGCUGUCCAUAUACAGAAUUUUGAAGGCGCUGAUUGGGACCAGUGCAAAUUUGGUUAGUUUUAACGAAGUUGUGAACAGAGUUGAUACACUUUCGAGGAGAAAUGAUAAUAGAAUGGUAGCUGCUAACACUACGGAAGAGUUUAUGGUAACCAUAAUGGAAAAUUCUCUGUACUUCAAAAUAACAGAAACGCUGAAAAGGAAAAAGUUAAGUCCAAACAACGUCUUUAUAACCUAUAUAGAAUAUUAUUACAUUUUGCUCGAUUUUUAUUGCAAAUAUAUUUACAACAAUUUUGUGAAUAACAGAAGGAAGGAUUUUCUUGGAGAUCAAUUUUUCCACACAUUUCAGUACAUCACUCUUUUUUUUUGUAAAAUUUUAAAAAUUAACAAAUGUUUUCACGUACUGAUUGAAAUAAAAUUAAAUAAUUAUUUUGGAUUGAACUACGAUAUUUUUAACAGCUUUGUCAGUCUGUUCACUUUCCUUUUUUUCUUCUCCCUGAAAUAUAAAGAGAUGAAUGGAUUAAAUGAAGAAAUAUCAACUUGCUUACUUUUUCUUUUGAAAAAAAUUAAUAUUAACAAACUCAAUGCGUAUAUUUUCCAAAUUUUUUCUUAUCUGGAACAUGAAGAUUUGUUGCGCAGGGAGAGGAAGGAAGGAGCUCAGGUCAAACCACGAAAUAUGUUCAGCUCUUCCGACAGAGAAAACACACACACGGAUGAAAACGAUGAACAGGAAGCGGGACAGCAGCAGCAAGAUCAUAGCAAUAACAGCGAUCGUAACCCCUUGGGGGUCAAUUUCCAAUCUGAGAAUAACUCCAGAGACAGGCUCAACUAUGGCGACUUCGCCAACUUCAAGUACGAGAAGGACCAAAUGGACAUCAAGGAGAACUUCCGCAUUGACAUUUCCUUUUUGAAGAUGUUCGUCUUGAUGGACCAGGUGCGACACGUACACUUGUCCGCCCCCCAGAAGGGCAGCGAACGGGACAGCAGAAAGGGGAGCACAAAGAGCAGCGAAGGGGGAAGCGACAGCGACAGCGACAACAGUGAUCGAAGUGAUGGAAGUGAUCAGAGCGAGCGAAGCGACCAAAAUGAACAAAGCGAUCGGAGCGAUAUGAACAAUCGGAGCGACCAAAGUGAUAACGACCGAUCCAACUUCUCCCAUCGCUCCUUCCGAAGCACGCACGAGUACGCCACGGAAAACUUCAGCCUGGAGGAAAUUUGCGUGGUGACCCUCAUGCACCUGUUCCAAGUGGAAGACCACAAAGCAAACUUCAUCGCAGACCUCCUCAGAGUAUAUGAAGAGGAAAAAAAAAAAAAAAUAUACCCAUGCACGGAGGCAAUUUUAAAAAUAUUUCAAAAAAUCAUCAAAAGGAAAGGCAUCACCUACUUUCACCAGGAUGUGUACAAGUCCUUUCAACACAAAGUACUUCAAAUGAUACACAGUGUGGAGAUCCUCCAAAGGAAGUGGGUCACGUGGGUCUUCACACAUUGUGACAACGCCUUCAAAAGGGAAAAAGACAUUGACAUUAAAAAACUGGUCAAGCUCUUUUUUCUCUCCUUCUACAAAUUUUUGAAGCGAUAUUUUGUACAGAUAAAUACAUUUUUGAAAAAUAAAAAAAUGUACAAUACCCAUAACAGUUUUGACGACUUUUAUUUUUUCUUCUUCUCCAAAUAUAUUAACAGAAUUUUCACAGAAAACUUUUCCUCUUCCUUCAUUUUUAAGCUGACCAAAUUCUCCAUCCUAAAUAUAUCAAUAUCGAUUGUGAACUACAUGCUGAAGAUGAUCAAUAUUGUUAACUUACAAAGGUUGAAGGAUGUGCAUAGCGAGUUGAGCAAUUCGUUGUGUCCAAGCUCAGUUACACCUCCUACCCUUUUAAAAGUACCUAAUGGGGAGCAUACCCUCCGGAGAGAAGACACAAGGGAGGAAAUGCUUCUUCACUUGCCCACGGAGCAGAAAAAUCAAUCCAUGACAUUCUGCACACAAAAUGGGAAGAGACACGAGUCAGCCACCUUUAACAACUUUAUGAAAAAUAUUAUUAUUAACCACAAGACGUUACUGAACAAGCGGGAACUAUAUUCUACAAAGAGAAUAAAUAUUUUUCAAAUAGGAAGAGAUCCAAGGAAUCACACCAACAAUGGUUAUACCAUGGAUUACUUGCAGGACAUUCUUCUCCUUGAAAAGGAGAAUCAGGAUUGGAACAUGAUGAGCAGUAGCAACUUUUUCUCUAACAGGGUUGAUACUACAGGGAAAAUUACAAACUCUCGUCAGAAUGGAUUUGCCAAUGAUGGGGCAGGAGAUUUAUGUGGUACUCAUAUGGAUAACUUACAAACGAACGUUCAACGAAAUUAUCGCAAGGGCCAAGUUGAGCGGCUACUUCACCCAUCCACAGUCAACUUCAGUAUGAACAGUUCUUCAAUCAAUGGGAACUCUUCUAUUCAAAAUGGAACAUAUGAAGAGGAAAUACAAAAUUUAUCACCUGUACAAAGAUAUAAUUUCACCUUUUCAAGAUUCUUCAAUCACAUAAAAAAUUUUCUAAUGAUCGUUCUGCAAAAUAAUUACGUUUUUUUUCUCAGUGACUUUUUACUAAUGCAUUAUGAACAGUCAGACAAAAAACAUAAUUUGUUCCAAUAUAAUCUGAACAAGUCAGGUGGAUUUUACUCCGUUUUUAAUUUCCUCAUUAAUGAGUAUAUCGAGAAUUACUACAAAGAUAAGUACGCACACUUGGGGUGUCGCUCGGUCAAGACUCCACAUUUUAGGAAACUCAACGAACAGGUGAUCAAUCGCAUCCUGCUUCUCUUUUCCCUUCUGCUGGAGGCUUCCUGUCAGCUCUCCUUUUUGGAGGAGAUCAACAGUGUGUGUGCAAACAUUUCGAAUCAGAUUUUUUCCCUCUUCGACACUUCUCACUUGAUUUUGAGUUUAUUUUCGAAGGUCACCCUGAGCGUCAUUCCAAAGAACGACGUCGUGAGCCAAGCCAUCAACAACGACAUCCUGAGCAUAGAAAAAAAGCAGGCGGAGGAAAAGAGGGAAAUCCUCACCAUAUCCCUGCUUUAUUUCCUCACGUACAAUUACAAAAAUAUAUGCAAUUUAUAUUUGAGCCUGAACCGAUUUUUUAAGAUGAACGACUUCAAUAAUAUUUAUUUCUUGUGCAAAUACAGCCAAGGCUUCCUACCCCUCCCCAAGGUGAUCAACGUAUUCCUGCAAAAGAUUCUGUUUUGUCUGAACAAAGCGAAGGAUGCAUUUUUGGACAGCGUGAAAUUGGCUUACAUGAAGAGGAUCUUCCACGUGCUCAAAUUUAUAUACGAUUUUAUAAAAGACAACGACUUGGUAACCGUUUCCAUAUUUCGAAAUUUGUUCAACGUCCUGCUGUGUAUCGUCAAAGGAUACGUGAAGGAGAGCGCGAGGGAGAAGAAGAUGAACGAGCCCCCUUGUGAAGUUGAAGUGGCGUCAUACAAAUUCUACCAUUUGCGCGUUUUGAACUUGGCUCUCCACUUUGCCAACGCUAUUUAUUUUAACCUGACCCCGGUGGAAAAGCGAACUGGGGAUACACCCAACAAAGGGGACGCUACCAAGAAGGAAGGCGCAAAGGGAGACGCGGCGGCAGAAGCAGAAGGGCUCUACCGAAAGGAGCCAUUCUGGUACAACAUAGACAAAUUGCUGGACCUAUUCACUUGGAGGUUAAAAAAAAACACCGAAAAAUUCCUAUACUCGAGAACCCACCACCUGUACACAAAGGAAGCAAAAAAAGAAAUAACCAUUUACAUGCAUAACCUUAACAUCAUGUGUGAGCUGUUCGAGCUCAUUGUCAAAGGUAUUUAUACCAAGGAGAAUCUGGUGUACAGAUUACUAAUUAGAAUUUCCUACGACCCUACCAUUUCUAGCAUAUUUUUUAACAUAAACUACGACAGCGUGCACCAAAUGAUAAACUCCUACCAGGACCUGCAGAGGAAAAAUAUGGACUCUGCUCAAAAUAUAAAAUUAUUGCUCGUGAACUGCAGAGGUGUUAAUGUAAACGCGUAUGGAGUGAUCAAUGAUGACUCGCUCAUUGAUAAUGUGCUUGAUUUUAUUAACCAGAGGAGGAUAAACCAUAAGUAUGUACUAAACCUAAGCGAGCAUAGGAAAGCUGUGCAUCGUGGAGAGGACAACUUAUUCGAGGAGAGCAGCCACUCCAUUUCUGUCCGAAGUUUAAUUCAAAAGAAGAUCGAACUGUUGGAUUCGGAUUAUGUAUAUAAUAAAAUUUUCAACGGGAAGGCAAAAAGAUAUGGAAAGAAAAAUUUUCUCUUUGACGUUAGGAACUACCUCUACUGUUUGAACGUUUGUGGAGGAGGGGGAAAUGGUGUACAUAGCGGAGCUAGUAGUGGGAACGCCAUCGCGCAGGAGCACCUCCGCCAGAUUGACCUAUUUCCUGGGUCGAGGUUACCGCCCGGCAGCGCGGUGCGUAUGGAAACAACAGGGCCAAUGCAUGACGGGGGUCGGCGCUCCCAAGGGGCACUGUCCCCAGAAGGCCUGAAGCAUGCACCGUUCGGAGGAGGAAUACUCGGCGACCACCACCCCACCCUCAGAGAGUACAAGUCGGACCAAAUGCUGAAAAAAAAAAUAGACGCCUCAAUUUUUAACAACUUACAAACCAUUUUACCAGACGAAGAGAAGCACAACUCUGCUGCUGACCCUGUGGGAGCAGCCACUGGUCGCAGCCCUUCCGAAUCGCGUAAAAAAUGCAUGGAUGUAAAAUCAAGUACAAAUGGAUCAGAUGCUUUGUCCAGAGAGGACAAGUCUAGGGAGCAAAGCGAGUGGCCUUUCAACGCGUACUGCGCAGACCAUUGGAUCGACCCGUUUUUUCCCCCGAGUGAUGAACACAUGGAAAGGAAGAAAAGAAAAAAUAAGGAGAAAAAAACAAAACAAAACACACACAUUGGUAGUAAUGACUCCGCGGUGAACUCGCCCUCGAGCAUAUUCAUUUAUUCGAAGUUUUUUAAAAACGAAGUGGAGUGCAUGCAAUAUAUUAAUCUGACGCAGAGUACCUACGACAGCAGGAUGCGGCUCUUCCUUAUACUUUACAAACUAGUAAUUAUAAUAAAGCAUAGGGAGUUGCUUCAUGAUGAAGUGUUCCGGAAGGAGGAAAGCCAAGCAUUGAAAGAGGCAAACAUAAGUGGAAGCAUUCCCUUUCUCUUCUUCGUAUUCGAAUCCAUUAUUACUUUUAUUACUCCUUCCAUACAAGUGAAUAAAAACUCACUGUACUACGUCCUCGUGUCAAAUAUUUUGAUUAACCUGCUGACCAUUAUAAGUGCGAGAAGCUUCAUGAGUGAGGGUUGUGAAGUGAGAAGUCACGUGGGCCACUCGGAGGAACACACAUCGAACAGUCAACCUGGUGUGGAAAAGAAGAGAAGCAAUGAUAAGAGUUCGUUGAAGCAUUCACAUGAUGCAUUUGUUAAUGUGAAUGUGAAUGAUGAGGGGAUGGACUACUACCACCAAGGCAGCUUCUAUAUGGACAUGUUCGUCCAUGAGUCCUUCAUUUCUAAUGUAAAAAAUAAAAACGAUCACAUCGUCUUUGACAUUCUGAGUAACAUGUCCCAGAAGGAAGUAAACAAGUAUAGACUCGUUGGCGAGGGCAGCACACACCAACACCCAAGACAUAGCAACACGGAAAGGAAAAAAGAUUCUUCUAAAAAAAAAAAAAAAAAAAAAAAUGAAAACAGCCUUAUAUACCAUGUGCCACUCCUCCUCUCAUUAUUCGUCCGAUGUGUCACUUUGCAUCUUCAGAAUUUUAAAUUCCAUCACAAGAAUUUAUACAUACAGAAAAACUUCAACGCCUUGCAUGUGCCCAGCUCCAUCCUGAAAUGCAUCUUCCCUGAGAACCAUUUUAACAUCAGCCUGUUUGUUAAUCUGCUAGAACUGUUCUAUGUUACGAUUCGAAUUUAUAACAAUCACUUUGUAGGACUGAACAGGUCGCUCUUCCAUGUCGGGGUGGAGGGCGCCUCAGCAGUAGGGGGAGAUGGUGUAAAAGAAGAAGCAAAACGAGCAACCAGCAACAACAUACAAGGGGAAAGAAGCAUGAUCGGUAAUGAGAAUCCCCCCGGUAGUAAGUCAACCCACAAGCAGGACGACCCCCCAGAUGGUAGUAACAAGGAGCACCUCCACUUGUACGUAUCAACGAUGAAUGGGAUCCUAAAUGAAUGCUACCAAGCUCAUCACGAAAAUAUGAAAAACAAAGAUAGCAAUGUGGUUAAGUCGAACCCAAUAGAACGCAUGCUUCUUUACUUUCUCUACAAUAGAAUAAAUACUGUGUAUGACCUUUUUUAUAAUUUUUUUUUAAAUUGCCUGAGGGAAAAAAAAAAAAAAAAAAAAAAAAUUUUCGACAUAGCAAAUGAGUACAUCUACGGAUUCUUAAAAAACGACAUCUAUGAUCACAUGAACAGAAUCAACAAUUUUCUGGACCUGACCGAAUACUACGACUUUUACGUGAACACGCUGACUUUCAUGGUUUUAAAUAAAAACACCUGCCUGCACAUCAUUAAGGGUGAUAUCCUUACCAAGCUACUCUACGUACCAGACGUGUAUCAUGCUAUAUUCGACAAGAGUAAAACGUUCAGUGCCAUCUACUACUUGAACCACGACAACCACUACGUCCGCAACAAGAAUCACAUUAUUCUCUGCUCCCUCAUCGUGUUGCUAAUAAAGAUGCUUUACGUUUUUGUGAAAAAUGUCAAGGGCGGAGGAGGAGGUGGAGCAGCAGGAGGAGGAGACAGGGGGGGCUACUUCGACGCCAACCCCUUUGGAGGGCCUGACUUGGAUUAUUUAAUCAUGCGCAGGAUGGUGCCCCCGGGGGAAGAAGCCGCUAGCGUAGCAGCAAAAGGAAAUGUAGCGGACGGGUGGGGAGCCCACCAUGGAGACACACAAGACGGAACACGUGGCCAACGCGGCGGAGAAAAGUUUGUCGACGACAUGCACAUCUUGAACGGACGCCCCCACACAGAGCGAACAGACGAUCACAAAGACACGCAACACCGAGACCAAACGGAAAACGAGUCCGAGUUCUUCCUAGACGCCAUGUUAGACAUUAUAAGCAAGCUAUCCGAUCGAAUAAAUUUCAUUUUUUUAAAAAUUGAAAAAAUAAAUUGCCUUGCCAUUUUUGAAGAAUCAUAUUUGUACGUAGAGCUACUCACAAAAACUUCUUACUACUGCAGUAAUUUUAAUAUAAAUCACAUGUUAAUAUCGUUAAUGAGUAAGGGAGUAGAGCACCACCUGUUUUAUAUAAAUCGUAUAUUGGAGAAAUUUAUAUUCGAGAAGGAGGUCAUCAUCGAUCCGUACAGUCCUUAUGAAAUCACUGCAUCUUCUACUAGUGAACCCAUUGACACGGAUAGAAGGAAUAGGAGGAAGAAUGACUUGUCUUUGUUCACGCAGAGAGUUCUUUACCUUUGUUAUAAGUGUAUUUUAAAUUAUAACACCAUCCUGCUGAAUAUAAUUCAAACGCCCUACUUCACCUACUCCUACUUUGUGGUGCACAUGUACAUUCUGCUUUUGAAGAGUACUCGGCUGGUCACCAACAUCAUGGAGCACUUUGGCCGCAAAAACACGACGCUCAUCCGCACGAUCAAAGUCCACGCGGGGCUGUCCUACGUGCCCAUCUGCCUCGACAUCGUGAACACCACGAAGGAGAAGAAGAGAGAGAAAAUUCAUUACGUCCGGGGAACAGCCAAGUCCAGCCGCAGCUGCUACCUAAGCGAUAGUCACUCGGGAAGCGAAGCCUCAAACAACUACCAAGGAGAAGUAGUCCAGUACAACCGAUCCGUUGACGAGUAUAUAAAUACAAAGAGAGUUUACAAAGACGAUUACAUGUUUAAUUUUCUUCCAGAAAUGAUUGAAUUAAAAAGUUAUUAUAAUAUUCUAAGAGAAAUUCUCGAGAGGAGUGCCUUUUUAGGAGCCUUCAUUUUAGAAAAACUAAAAGAUACUUGUGAAGAUUCGUGUCUCAAGCAGAUCCUCAUAAGCAACGUCUGCUCCUACCUCAUCCACAUCAACGCCACGCUCUUGCCGUCAAACAUAUGCACCAGUAACUUAAAGAAAAAGUGCACCUUCAUUUAUAACUACGUUGUAAAUAUACAUAAGAAGUGA